AUGCGAAGUAUCGAAGCCAAACAAACCACCACGGUGAAUGUUAGUGUAAUGAUGACGGGUGUAUCCCUAGCGGGUAUGUCCCUGUUGUUUGCGCUUCUUGCCCGUAAGGGAUCGGAGGAGUUGUCGAAUGGGUUAGAGAGUGCGAGUGGACGUGUCUUUAGUCUUAUAGGUGAUACGGAUUGGAAAUCAUCGGAAGGCGGGUUACGUGCUUCUGUGGUUCCCCAACAACAGUUAUAUGGCCCCUUUUGGUUUUGGGCGUAUGACAUUCUUCUGUAUGAUUGGAAUCAUAUGAUACCAGAAGAGGUAAGAAGAGAAUGGGAUGUACAAGGCAAUUGUCGAACAGUUACUAGUCUUGCCAGAGCCGCUGCUAAAAUAGGGCGGAAGAAAAUCUCAACCCUGUCGUAUUACGCAUCUCCACCAGAACAUGGAAGAGUAUUAUACACAGAAGAAUUGUUCGAAACCGUGGUUAACCGCCACUGCCAAUCAUGGUCAAGUAAUUUUGAUUUCGAGGAUUUUGCGAGAAACUUUCGACGUGCUUUAUCUUUCGGUAUGCGAGACUUACGUAUUGAUCGUGAGAGAAGUCUGGCAUUUCGAAAGGAAGAUAUUAACCAAGGAACAAAAUCGGGUUCGUGGCAGGAUUUAAAGGACCGUUUUUUCUAUCAUCUUUGCGACCAAACACGAUUAAAGAGGAUUCCGGUAGUGGAAAGGAUUCCGGUAGUGGAAAGGAUUCCUCUAGGGCUCCGACAAUGGGCCGAAGCAAUACGUCCUCCGAAAAGAGCCCCAUAUGUGAAGAAACGGUUGACGGCUAUGAAGCAUGGGGACAUCAUAUCGAAGCUGCCAAUCCACAAUUCGGAGCACUGUGUCGGCACAAUUUGGGGUAAUCGAAUCUCACAUCUUCCGUGCUAUUCAACCCGUCUGUACGGAGAGGUGGGAUCAGAUGUGAACUUGGAUUUGCCUCCUAUGCCCGAAUGCUGCACGGUCCGAAAGUACGAGGAAGCGGUCUGUAUGUUUUUCGAAGAUGAUAACAAUAAACGUAAACCUCAAGACAAGGAAGUUGACGAACUUGUGGACGAAAUCGCUGCGUUCGCUGGCACCACAAAAGACAGCGACAAAAUUACAUUGACCGAGAUAGUGAUUGACCACUUGCUGAAGUACUGGACACCGCCCUCAAGCAAGAUGUGCUCUGUCUCCCCUAGAGAGUCAGAGUCGUCAGAGGACCAGAUCUUUCUUUAUGGUACUCCUGUCCGAGACGUUCCUCGAGAAGGAUAUGAUCAAGAGCGUCCAGCCGAGCCGCGUUCUCGCAAACGCCUCAACAUCUGCGUUUCUCUAGCCAAAUAUGAGACGCAAAAGUCAGGUCUCGUACCCGAGGAGAUCAGCGCGAUGGGCAUGCCAUUCCUUCUGUCAACGCCUCCAGCGCGUAAGCUUCCUUUGGCAGCGUUGAUGUGGGCUUACGACGUCCUCAAGUACGACUUGCUUCAUGUGUUGCCGUCUGAUUACCUGGACAGUAUGGAACAGAUACCCUCAGUAAUCCAACUGGCCGAGUAUGCCGCCUCCAGACUACCUAAACGACAGGCGCGUCAUAGUGUCCUGGGCGCGUUCCCUCUGGCACUCUACAACGACCUGGAAACGGUCAAAGACUUCCGCGACCCAGCGCACCGCGCGAUCGCCAAGAUGUUGGAACGCGCAACAAAGUCUGAAACGGAGCGCCGUCAACUAUGUUUGCCAACCCUCGAUGAAAUCAACAAGGCAGAUGCAUGGGGGGGUCCCCUGCUACAGAUGUGCUGGGACAAGGCCAGCUCCACAGGGACGCCGGAGGGGUUGCUUUCGGAACCUGUUUUUCUUGCAAUGGUAUACGCGCACGUGUGCGAAGUUCUGCGAUCCUCCAACUUCUACAGCACACCAAAAACUGACAGAUGGCAGUAG